UCCACAUACAAACACUGUCUUCACUAUUCUUCAUCUACUUCGCCUGCUUGUCCUCUGUUAUUACAUUUGGUGGCAUGAUGGGGGAUGAACUUAACAGUCACAUGGCAGCGAUUGAGGCAAUGAUGGCAGCUGGAAUUUGUGGUGUGUCAUUUGCGAUAUUUGCAGGCCAGCCUUUGAUAAUACUUGGAUGUACGGGGCCUAUGCUCGCCUUUGAGACAAUUCUGUACAACUUUGCAAUAGACAAUGGAUUCACCUACAUGAGUUUCAGGGUUUGGGUAGGUAUAUGGACCUCGGCUGUCCUUAUUAUAAUAGUUGCAUUCGAUCUGAGUGCGAUGGUGAAAUAUAUCACACGAUUCACACAGGAGGGAUAUUCCUGUCUGAUCUCACUCUCCAUUGUCGAAGCCUCCAAGAAAGCUAUAGGUGUACAGAAGAAGUAUAAAGUCAAUCUACGUCCAAAUGACGAACUUGAUUACAAUUGCUCGUGUUUAGCACCCGAUGUAGAUGUGAACCCGGGAACAGAUCGUCCAAUGUACAACACGACUGAUAUGGCAGCCGAUGUUAAAUUAAAGGAUACUUACAAGACGAAUCCUCUUGGACUCCCAGGAGGAAACGCCAGCAUAGACUUCAGUAGUUUGCCCACUAAGUACUGUAAAACAUAUGGCGGGGUUUUAUUUGGUAGCGGAUGUGAUACUCCUCAUUACGUUGCUGAUGUGUUUCUUAUGUCGUUCCUUUUGUUUCUGGGCGUGUUUAUCAUUGCUAUGUCAUUGGGGAGCUUCAGAACGACACAGUUCUUUCCAAAUAUUGUACGAAAAACUUUGGCAGAUUUUGCAAUGCCAAUUGCUAUUGGGAUAAUGACAGCAGUGGACAUUGUUGUAGGCUUGGAAACACCCAAGAUGCACAUACCGGAAACAUUUGCACCCACCAGGCCUGACAGGGGCUGGAUAAUCAACCCAAUGGGGGAGAACCCCUGGUGGUGCAUACUUGUAGCCAUACCUCCAGCAUUACUACUUGCUAUUCUCAUCUUCAUGGACCAACAGAUCACUGCUGUUAUUAUUAAUAAAAAGGACCAUUUACUUAAGAAAGGAGCUGGUUAUCACCUAGACCUAUUGAUCAUAGCUGUUCAAGUGGUAGUAUGUUCAUUCCUGGGUAUUCCUUAUAUUGUGGCAGCCACGGCCAGGGCCAUCAACCAUGUCCUCAGUCUUACCAGGGAAUCCGAGACAUCAGCUCCAGGAGAGAAACCGAAGUUCCUUGGUGUAAGGGAGCAGAGAGUAACAGGCACAUUGGCAUUUUUAUUCAUCGGAUUGUCUGUAUUCUUUAGGCCCGUAUUGAAGUAUGUACCCAUACCAGUGCUACAUGGUGUUUUCCUAUACAUGGGCAUUGGUUCCCUGAAAAACGUGCAGCUGGUACAAAGGCUACUGCUCCUGUUUACGCCAUCAAAGUAUCAGCCCGAUUACGCCUACCUACGACACGUAGACACGAAGAGGGUUCACCUUUUAACGAUCAUUCAAGUCAUCUGCAUUGCCCUCCUCUGGGUUGUGAGGAGUGUAAAGAAAAUAUCAAUUAUAUUUCCCCUUAUGUUGUUAGUUUUAUGCCUCGUGAGAAAAUUUAUGGAGAGGAUUUUUACUGCCAAAGAACUGAGGUACAUUGAUGACCCGUUACCACCUGUCAGGCUGAAAUGUUGGAGUAGAAAAGAAAAUAACAGUCAAGUUGGGAACCAGAAAAAAGAAUUAAUGGAAAUUGUCACAAACGGGAAUGAUACAAAGAUGAAAAGGUGGAAUGACAAUAGCAGUACCUAGUACCACUGCAUUAUAUAAACUGGAAUAUAAAUUCUUUAUAAAAGCACCAACUGGACACUACUUGUUCGUGUAUAUGUCACAGUGUGUACUACUCUGUAGGUUACGGAACCUAUAGUCCCCGUAACGGAUACCUUACUUUGAUGACAGUGUU